AUGGCGUUUGUGAAGGUGCUGAAGAAUGCGGCGUACUUCAAACGCUUCCAGGUCGCAAGACGGCGGCGCAGGGAAGGCAAGACAGACUACCAUGCUCGCCGAAAGAUGGUUCGGCAAGAUAAGAACAAAUUCAACAACCGCAAGUACCGACUAGUGGUUCGAUUCACCAACAAACGGUGCAUUUGCCAGUGUGUUUACGCAACUUUGCGUGGAGACAUCGUUGUCGCUGCGGCGUCUUCCCAAGAACUAUUACACUUUGGCAUUCCUGCUGGACACAAAAACUAUGCAGCUGCGUAUGCUACUGGUUUGCUUUUGGCCCGCAGAGUGUUAAAAAGGUUCGGCCUCGAUGAAAAGUUCAAGGGGAAGGAAGAGAUCGAUGGCGAAGAAUACCACAUUGAAGAUGAAGAUACUGAGCAAAGGCCUUUCAAGUGCAUUCUUGAUGUUGGGAUCCGCCGCACUUGUGUGGGUCAUAGGAUGUGGGGUGCUUUGAAAGGAGCAGUUGAUGGUGGUUUGUAUGUGCCCCACAAGUUGAAGAACUUCCCUGGCUACAAGGCAGCCGAUGAGAAGGGCGGUGAAUCUGAAUAUGAUGCAGAAGCUCACAAAGAGAAGAUCUUUGGCAGUCAUGUAAAGGAGUACAUGGAGAUGCUGCAAGAGGAAGACCCGACGAAGUAUGAAGCACACUUCUCCAAGUACAUUGAGGCUGGCAUUGAGCCUGACAAGAUGGAAGACAUGUAUACCGAGGCACAUGAGAAAAUCCGUGACGAUCCAGAUGGCAAGAAGGCCGAAAAGAAAGAGAUCACCUAUGAGCGGGAUGGCGACACCAUGAAGGCCUCUGAUGGUACGGAGCAUGUGCGAUGCCAAAAAAAUCACGCUGGAGCAGCGGAGGGAGAAGGUGUCUGCUAA